AUGCCGUCCAAGACUGCAGCUGAUAAAUACGCCGAACUUUUUGAAAACAAGGGUGAAGGCAGAUAUCUCCUGAAUCCGAUUGUUUUCGAAAAUCUUCAUCCUGGAGUUGUUGGCUAUUUCGAUCCUCAGUCGGGUGACUGGUCGCCGGUUGCAGACUUAUCGAACCCUGAGGCUUUCAUAUCCGAGGGAUACGUCAAAGCAUUCAAACAGCUGGGCUCGGAGAGGUACAAGAAGGCAACCCGUGAAUGGAGCAUUCGGACUUCUGAGAACGAAUCGGCACGUAGCUACCGCGGCAAUGCGGGAGCCUCAGGUGCUGCUGGAGGGGUUCCAAUCGAGGGAUCUGUUGAUGUGAAAUACAAGAAAGCCACCACCGGGUCGGCAGCCCUCAUUACCAGUGGCUUGGUCAAGUACGAAUCAUUUACCGGUCCUUUCAAUGGUAGUGCCGAAGACUGGCUCAAGUGCAAUGGACAGAAAAUUGUGGAAGUACAUGGAUCAUGUGCCAAAGACAAUGGACUUUGGGUUAUCAAGGGCGUUUACUUCACUGACGAAUGCGCCAUCAAAAUGAAUACCGGCAGCAACCAAGACAUUGACGUGGGGGCUGAUAUUGGAGCGACUGGCUUUGGCAAGCUCGGCGGCGGAACUGGAUCUCUUAAAAAGCUCGAAAGCCGAAGCUAUACAACAUUCCCUGCUGUCCCGGGCUCGAAGGGGCAGGUUAUUUCGUUUCAUGGACUGAAGUUCAAGCCGCGGAAACUGUCGAAACUAUGGAGCUCUGAGGCCUACUCCUUUGAUGUUGCAUGCUCCCUUGGACCCGUCCAAACAUCCCAGCGCCCGAUUUUUGAUGAGGAUGGAAGCUUGAAGGGCUUUGAGGCAGUCAGAAGGGUCUUAAAGACGCCUCCAGGUAGCACCGAUUAUUUUGACUCACGGUUUGAAAUUGAAAAGACCGACCAGCAACAGACAUCAAACGAUGCUGUGGAUCAGGAUGAUGAAGAGGAAGAUUACGAAGGCAUGACCGAAGAGGAUAUUCAAGACGAAAGAGAAGAGAGAGAGAGAGAGAAACAGGAGCGUGGUCAGCUAUUACUGGAGAGCUGGGAAGAAUUUGUCAAGGAGACAGAAUCUCAGAACCAAAAAAUGGCCGCAGAGAAAGCCAAGGUCAUCAUAACCCUCUUCUCCGGUAUUUCGACGUUAUCUCAUCGCAGUGCAGAGGAGCAAUGUGUGAUCGAGUUCUUUGGUGGGCAUGGCGUACGUCCGCGAUAUCUGUUGCCCACGGAGCGACACCGUUUUACACGGUGCUAUUAUCAAUUGUGGGGGCUGCUUAUUCAAGAGCCCGAGGAUCUGGAGCAUCGACUACAGUCAAUCGCACGAAGACGUCUGAAGGAUUUGAUAAUCAUGCGUGAUCUCUUGAAUAUUGAUGUUUACGUGACCCGCUAUGCUAGGCAGAAGUACAAGUUCGGGGAUGAGCCAGAAGGCAACCACCCUCGCCAGGGGGACGUAGAGUCUGAGAUUACUGCAGUAUUUGGCGAGACGUACGAGCGUCAAUAUGGACGUGCUUGUCAUUUCUGUUUUCAAGAGAUGUGGCGUAUGGACGGAGCCGGAGGGCAAUUCUAUGUGUUUGACCAUGCACAAGAAGUUUUGUUGAAAGUCAUUCGCGGAUAUUAUGUGCGUGCCCCAACAAGCCAGAUCGAUCCUCGGUGCCCACCGGAAUGGAAGAUUGAUACUGAUGAGGACGACUGA